AUGCUAUUCCUUCAGCUCCUCAAGCUUCGACAUUACCAUGAGAGCGAUCUCUGGGAUUUCGUGCGCGCUAUGUACGAAGAAACAAAAGGCAACCUUAUCGAGCAUGGAUGCCUACCAAAGAUCAAGGACAACACCAAGCUCCUAGUGGUCCACGAUGAAGCGCAAGUCCUCGGCGAUGAAUUCGACGGCUCUUUUCAAUCGACGACAUCAACAGAUUCCCCGCGCCCAUUGCUCUCUCCGAUCUUGCAUGCGUUUCGAGAGAUUGGUGAACAUCAGCUUUCCUGGGUUACCUGCGGCACAAGACUGAGCAUCAACACCUUUUUCUGGGUUCAGAGCUCUGGGUCUGGCCUGAAGGACAGCUCCACUACCUUUAAGGAGUCGAUCAAUACGUACAUUUCCCGAGUGCGGGAUUGUUUGCACGACGAGCAGCCAAAGCUGGCUUUGGACGAAUGUCUCUCGCAGGAGGCAGUCGAGAUGCCGUUCCAAAAAUUUGUGGGUCGCUAUCGUCCGACAAUAGCCGUAGUUUUUUUGGAAAGGAUUGUCGAAUGCAACGACGCUAGUGCACGGAAGAAGACCAUCAAGGAUGCAGAGGACAAGCUGGAUCAGCUUGUGGAGACUAUCGACAGCAUGCUAGCACUCCUUAUGUAUCAGCGUUGCAUGUUUGGGGAUCACAAUCUUGUCCUCAAGGAGGUAGACCCUCAGUUGGUGGAGCAUGCGUUUGGUCGGGUCAACAUCAUUCAAAGUCACGCUGUCACUGAGAUGGACGAGGCCUUUGCGAUAUAUUAA